ACAGUGCAUUUCCUGAACUUUGCCUCCCACAGCUGGAAGAAUCAAAGGGAAGGUAGUGAACCAGGAAGGAAAGAAAGACCGAGGGGGAGAGAGGAACUGAAAAGGCUCGAGAGAGGGUAGGGGAGACAGAGACAGAGAGAGAGGGAGAGGGUACAGAGAGGUACUGCACUUUGCACUGUGUGUUUGGGGCAAGUGUGUUCCAGGAAAACAGGGUCAGGUUUGUUCACGUUGCCUGAAGUUGCUGUCGUUUGGAAAUUGAAAGGGCAGAUUAUUGAACAGGGGUGGAUUGUGUUAGCUGCAGAGUGGAUGGGUGUCACAAACUGGGACAGACUGAGACCGGAGGGCAGCUCUCACUGAGACCGGGCCAGGGGAUAGAGUAAGGCAGCACAGUGCUGAGGUAUGGCCGGCUCUGGGGACUGGGCACAUGAAUGGAGCAGGAUUGAGAGCACUAUCCGGGGGAGUUUCCGGCAGCUCCGGGAGAGGUACCUGGGGAGUCCCGGGGCCGGGAGUGAGGAGCAAGCCCUUUCCCGGAGAGAGUCGGAGCAAGGAGCUGGGGACAUCCUGCACAGGUUACCGGUAGAGGUACAGAUGUAUAUUAUGGGCUUACUAUCUCCCAGGGAUCUGUGCCAACUUGGAUGUGUCAGUCGCUACUGGAAUGCCAUAGUUCGUGACCCCCUUUUGUGGCGUUACUUCCUCCUGCGGGAUCUCCCUCGCUGGAAUUCUGUCGACCAUCUGUCACUGCCGAAUGCAGCAUUACUGAGUAAAUCACUGACUGACAGCAUGGAGCAGGACUAUAUGACAGCGUAUUUAACGAGCUGCCCCGAGGGCAGAAAGCACAGGAGAGUGCGCCCCAGUGCCUACAGCUCAGUCACCUCCUUGUUCUACUCACUGGUCUCUCAGGCAGAGCCGCGGUUUGCCAUGUUUGGGCCUGGUUUGGAGCAGCUGGACACCUCACUGGUCACCAAGAUGAUGAACUCACCGGGAAUGCUACCUGUCAUCAGUCUACCGCAGCGACAGAUUGACGGUACAUCACAUUCCAACCCCUAUUCCCCCAUUUAUACCUCAUAAUCAACCUGAGGCAAAAAAUUACACUUUACGCUAAAUCUAACCUGUGCUAUCCCUGUCCUGGGAGUGUUUAAUGGGGACAGCAUAGCGAGAGCUUUACUCUGUAUCUAACCCC